UAUCCAAUGAGUACAAGGUGGGGAAGUUGACAAUUACGGAUAUAAAAAAAACAACAGACAAGCAUAGCAAAUUUUAUAGCUAUGCUUGAUUCUACUGAUGGAUCAACAAGCCGUAAAAAUAUGAAGCUCGCCACUAACACAGAUCUAGAUGAUGCUGUUUACAAGUGGUUUACACAAAAGAGAUCGGAAGGAGAACCUAUCUCAGGUCCCAUUCUGUGUGAGAAGGCAAUGCAGUUCAACGAAAAACUUGGAGGGCCUUCGAACUUUAAAGCGAACACAGGCUGGUUAAAACGCUUCAAGUCAAGACACGGCAUUCGUGAGCUUACAAUACAGGGAGAAAAACUGUUGGCUGGUUCUUCAGCAGCUGAUACUUUCAACGUCAAACUAAGGGACGUAUUAGGGGAAGAAGACUAUGCUCUCGAAAACGUUUACAAUGCUGACGAAACUGGAAAGCUUUACCGAGAGAAACUCUUGUUUCACGUCAUGAAUUAGCAGCACCUGGUCCUAAAACAAGCAAGGACCGUAUUGUGCUAAUGCUACUGGAAGUCACCUACUGCCU